UUGACCACGCGACUGUCCCGGAAACCCACGUGUAAAUGCACUAUUGUCGUAUAACAGGUCUUGAAGAGCUAUUUUACAGUCUAUUACUCGUUUUGAAGUACUGAUGUGAUGGAAACGGUAAACCAGUGCCACUGCUGCCUGCAGCGGCCUCCGGCGAAAGAUUUGAGGACACCGUACACUCGUCUCGGCAUAACGGAAAUAUACUCGGUCAUGAUCGAAGAAUGCUUUGUAAUUAAACUGACACCAAGCAACAAUGGCAAGAGUGGUAUCUGCGAGGUGUGUCUGGGGCGGCUGCGGGAGGCGUGCCACUUCAAGAUGCAGGUGCAGCACUGCCAGGCCGAGCUGCAGGAGAGGCUAGAGGGAGGACUGAGGGUCAAAGAUGAACCUGAAGAUGGCGCGUGCAGCCAGCCUUCCGAGCCGUCUCUACGUAUGCUGCCGCGCGAGCCAACUGAAAUAUGUACGCACCCGUCCCAAUUAGACGCGAACAUUCCUUUGCUGCGCGUCGAAAAACCGACAAUGAAAGGUACGUCGCGCGGCGCGUUCGAGCGAGCCAAUGAUCGAGUUGGCUCGCGAGCCAGCCCGUGUCUUCAGCCGGCGAGUACGGAGUUAUCUCGGCGCCUCUGUCCCUGCGCUGUAGGCAGCAGCUCGCGCUGGCGUGCUCCGUGA